GUCAACAGGCAAGUCCCAUCGCUCACUGCGCCGGACAGAAGCGACUUCUAGAUUUUACUCCUCUACAUAGCAAUGCCAGCUUCCUCCCAGAUUGAGCGCGGUCGAAUUGACGGGUUCGAGGUUGAACUUUUCCAACUCGUCAAAAAGGAGGCGACGUCCGAGCAGUGGGGGGAAUGGCUUCGAGCGCCGCUUGAGCAUGCGUCGGCCGAGCGUAACAUAGACCUCUUUGUACGGCUGGCGGGUUGCUCCGUACUCAGUGAUGACCUUGAUGGGCUCGAGGUUGAGAUUUUCAAACUCGUCCGAGAGCAGGCCACCUCCAUGCAGUGGAGGGAAUGGCUUCGAGCGCCGCUUGAGCAUGCGGCGGCCGAGGGUAACAUAGACCUCUUUACACGGCUGAUGGAUGCCGGUGCCGAUGGUAGUGCAGGCUGGCGGGGCUGCCAUGGACGAACGCUGCUGGGCGCGGCUGCAUACGGCAAGAACGAGGAAAUUGUAGAGAGACUGCUAGCUGAGGACGGGGCGACUGAAGAUGUGAACGUCUGCUUCGGGGAUAGACUUGAAUCGGCACUGCAUGUGGCAGCGGGCCGGGACGACCAGCACCUCUCGAGGGUGCUUUUGAUCGCUGGAGCAGACCCGAAUCUGCUUGAUGACGUAGGGCGCAGUCCGCUUCAUGUGGCUGCUGAAAAGGGACACCACCGAGUUCUGGGAUUCCUUCUCCGGAAAGGACGAGCAGACGCAAACAAGACGACCUUGGAUACGCUGAAGUGUACGCCUCUAUAUCUUGCUGCCAACAACGGGCACACGAGUUGCGUGUCAAAACUUUUGCUUUACGGGGCAGACACGGAUUGUGGCGAUCGUUUUGAGAACACGCCCCUCUGCGCAGCUGCAACAGGCAACCACCUCGAGGUAGUCAAGCUACUGUUGGCUGCCGGUGCCGACCUGAACAUUCGUCCCGACGCGGGCAUGUGUGCCCUCGACCUCGCUGCCCUCAACGGCAAUGCGGAUGUGGUGAGAAUCCUACUGGGAAACGGUGCCGAUGUCAAUGCCUGGAACGACGAGGAUUGGGCGACCGCUCUGCACUGUGCCGCUCAGGGUUCACGACCACUCCUCGAAAAUGGCGACGUUAUCCGGGUGUUGCUCGAAGCAGGGGCGGAUAUCCAUGCAACGACGAAAGAGUGUGUCUGGACACCGCUCCACCGUGGCGUUUAUUCGCGGCUUUCAUCACUUGAUACGAUCCAUGCCCUGUUGGAGGGAGGAGCGGAUGUCAAUGCGCAGGCAGAAAACACGUGGACGCCCUUGCACUACGCUUGCUACAAAUCUAACGCGGCUGCUGUGGAUCUACUUUUGCGGUGGGGAGCAGAUGACACGAUUGUGGACGGAGAGGGCGAGACGGCGGCAGACGAAGUGGGAACAUGGGACCCAGAGGUGCACUCAAAUGAGGACGACGGCAGCAUCGACGAUGACAAACUCAAGGCAGAUGGACAGCGCACUCGCCUAAUCCUGGCAUGCGCUCCGGUCGACAGAUUAUGGCGUCGCCGAGGCUGGCUGGUCCUGUGCCGCUCCUACCCGACCAAGGUGCAGAUUUUGAAGGACAGCAGCAGCAGCAGCAGCGGUUGCAGCACCGCCAAAGCGGCGAGAGUUAGCGAGGAGGACUCGGGCGAGUGUGGUGAUGAGGAUGGAGACGAAGCGAGGAUCGAGUUGGGGCGUUUGGUGGGCCACAUAGUCGGACUGCAAGCCGACGUCGUGUUCCGGAUGGUGGUGGCAAGUGACGAUAUGGAGCUUGGAUGGAGGAACAAGAGAGGCCUUCCAGCUUCUUCUGUGGCAUUUGUCGGAGACAAUUGA